AUGCUCCUCAAGAGUGCGACUUGGGUCGCUUUUGUCCUCUUUUUCCUCCUUGUAAUUUGGACCGAAUUUCUGCUUUUUUAUGUGAGCCUCCUUCGAUGCACUUGGCCGCAGAUAUCAGAAAGUACUGUCGAUAAAUUCAUUUAUCCUGGGGAUAACUCAAAACCUGUUAAGAUCCUUCUCAUCUCAGACACUCAUAUUGGAAGUCGUCAUCAGUGGAUUGACAAAACUCGAAGACACUGGCUGCUGAAGCGGGCCUUCAAAACGGCGAUGGGUCUCUAUCAUCCUGACGUCGUGCUUCACCUUGGAGACCUUCUGGAUUACGGCUUCUUCGAGCCUGAAGAGGCUUUCGAAGCCGAUGUGAAGAUAGCGCAGAAUAUCUUUGCUGUCGAUUCUACGACUGUCUUCAAAGUUGUUCCUGGCAAUCACGAUAUUGGCUUUCAUCAUCGUCUGCAUCCUUACACCUACGCACGCUUCCAUCGGGCCUUUCGUGACCACAGCCCCGGGACCAGAGCUGGGCCCAACAGCGGUGACUCGGGGGACGUUGGGGGUGGGGUGAGGUUGUGGGCGUACCGGGGUCUCCUCUUCGUCUUUAUUAACAGCAUGGCUCUAGGCGGCGACGGUUGCCGCUUCUGCCGGCGUGCCGAGGAGGAGCUGCAAUUGCUUACCAAGCGCCUCCAGUGCCUGCGCGGUGAACUCGCUCUGCAAUCCUGCCAGGACGACUUCAAGGCCAUUACGGAGCCUGGUAGCGAUGUAAUUCACCCGGGCGACUACUCGCACCCUAUCCUCAUCCAACACUUCCCCCUCUACCGACCAGAUGAGGCAGUUUGCGAGACUGGAAUGCGUGACUCCUUGCCCGAGGGUGAGCGUCACACGCCCUACAAAAGCGAUUUUGACUGCCUCUCCGAUUCGGCUACCAAACAGCUCUUUUUCGCGAUCCGGCCAAACUUGGUGUUCGGGGGACACACGCACUACUACUGUCACCGUAACCACACCGUUAGGACGCGAACAGACGGCUCGUGGCGGACGGAGGAAUGGACGCUCCCCGCCUUCUCCUACCGUGUUUCCAAAACCCCUGGAUUCAUUCUCCUGCAUGCGUCAAGGAACGGCUAUGCAGUUCGACGAUGCCACCUGCCGACCGAAUUGACCAUUGGUGUGAACUACGCCAUUGGCCUUCUCCUCAUCCUUUUUGUCUAUCUGCGUCUUCGUCGACGCGCCUCCCGACUCCUCAGCGUACCUCUUCGUCAUGACGGCAAGGAUUCGUGA